AUGUCGGGGCCGUCAUCGCUGAAAAUCAGGAUACCGAAGACUUCAGAUCAGCCGUCAAGCUCACGCAGUGGCGAGCCCCGCGUGCGCCACGGUAAACGACGCGUCGUCUCAGACGACGAGGAAGAUGGCGGCGGCUCAUAUACGAAUGACUACAAUCGUUCUCCGCCGAACAGUCCCCAUCCGCCUACGAAGCGAGCCAGGCAAAAUCCUGCAACAUAUGAUGACGAAGAACAGGUCGACAUAGAAGGAGACGAGGUGCAGGAUACCAGGCCUACAGUGCCGAAGAAGGUGAAGCCCGCGCCGGCAGACGAGUCACGCCCCAGGGAGUCCUCGAAGAGGGUGAGGAAGCGGACGGCGAAGGUUGUGUGGUCGUCGGAUGAAGACUUCGCUGACGUGGUCGGCAAUGGAGAGAUGGACGAGGAGGAUUACGACUUCGAGCCGGAGCAGCGCCGGCGGGGCAGCAAGGAGCCCAGGGAUAAGGGGAAGGCUUCCGGGAUCGCACGGAGUAACGGGAUAGUGAAGGUGAAAGGUGGGAAGAAGACAAAGAAGGAGGAUAAAGAGAUCGUCUUCAAGGAUGAGCGGAAAGUAUCCUUGCCGCCAGCGGGUGCCUGUACCAAGGGUACAUCUACGCCUGUGAUGCGGAGACCUAUAGGGAAGGAGAGGGAUGACACAGGAGACACUCCGGGUUCACCACGUCCUACAACGGCAGUGAAUACUCCUGCUGCAACCACCCCAGGUCCCAGCUCUAUCGCUGAUUCCGAUCUUCCCUCCGCUAUUCCGCAACCGACCCCGACAUCUUCGCUACCGCCAAUACCCAAGAAGAAGAAAUUACCCACAAUCAAGAAGAACAAGCCUCCUGGCAGCUCUUCCGUGUCCACCCCCACCACGACACCGUAUCCCAAGAAGCCUGCUGAAGAUCCACCCAAGGCAGCGGUAGCUGGCCCUUCCGCGACCGAAAGGAAAGCCGUUGCAACGGAAGCUGGGCUGGCCGACGACGGACUAGCAGAGUUGCUGGGCAAGAAGAAGGUCGUCCAGGAGAAGACAGAGUUCGACCUGCGGAACAAAGAUGUCUAUGCUGAAUUGUUCAAGGGCACCGGAGGCAUUGCUCCCCGUUCUGGCAUAAACCGGAAGGAAAAGGAGCUAGAGCGCCGUAAGGAACUGGACAAGAUGCGCGAGGAGGCGCGCGCAAAGCGGUUGGAAGAGGCUAAGCGUUCGUUUUCGCUGACGGCGGUCCCUGAGAAGGUCGGGCGGUUUGAGGAUAUGCUAAAGGAGCGCAAGAGCUCUGCUGCGUUCCCUAAUUUGCUGUGCGGGAAGGUGAGGGAGAUUUGGGAGGGUACGAAGCGGGAGAGAGAGAGAAAGAGGAGAGAGGGUUCUGCUGAGUUGCGGAGGUGA